UGGACUGACACCUCAGCAGCAGCAGCAGCAACAUCCCUCAAAGAGCUCAGUGCGGAUGUCGGGAGAACACCAGGAUGGAUCGGGUAAAUCUCGCACUGCUCCCACAGCUACAGGAUGGUUUCCUUUCAAAAUGAUGGCUUUCUGUAACACAUCAGGAGGGAGUAGAAAGCCCGCCAGGCCCCUGUGUUUGUUACUCUUCAUCGCUGCCCAGUGUUCAUAUAGCACUGCAAAUCUGAACAAAUGCCUCUCCAAACUCUGUGAAAACAAUGCAACCUGUGAACCACACUCCGAGACCUACGUUUGCCAUUGUCCAGAUGCACCAGUGCCAUUUACAGGGAAGAACUGCAAGGAGCUAUAUGACGUUUGCACUUCAUAUCCCUGUCUGCAUAAUGCAACAUGCAACAGUGUUUUAGGCACAAUUGACUUCUCCUGUGAUUGCCCUCCAGGUCAAAUUGGCCCCAGUUGUGAAACCUAUCUCGGCAAAUGUGCCAACACCUCCUGCAUGAAUGGUGCCAUCUGUUUAGAUGAAGCUGCAGGCUCUAGCUGUGUUUGCCCACCAGGUUACACCGGCGCCAACUGUGAAACCAAUGUGAAUGAAUGUGCAUCAAGUCCAUGUGAAAAUGGAGCUGUGUGCAAGGACAAGAUUGAUGGGUUUUUAUGUUUCUGUGUGCCUGGCUACCAGGGCAGACGUUGCGAGAUUGAAGUUGAUGAAUGUGCGUCAGAACCCUGCAGGAAUGAAGCCAGGUGCAUGAACGAAAUAGACAAGUAUAUCUGUGCCUGCCCACCUGGUCUGACAGGAACAAAUUGUGAGCUGGAAAUCAACGAAUGUUUGUCACAGCCGUGCCUGAAUGAGGCAACCUGUCACAACCACUUUGCCAGCUACAGCUGUACGUGCGCACCAGGAUUCAAAGGCAGGGACUGUGAAAUAAACCUCGAUGAAUGUGCUAGUCAGCCAUGCCAGAAUGGAGGGCAAUGUACAGACAAAGUAAAUGGAUAUAGCUGUGACUGUGUGAACAGUCAAUUCACGGGUGUACAUUGUGACAUCUAUGUUCCAGCUUGUUUUUCACAUCCCUGCCUCAACAACGCCACCUGUCAGGACAAUAUUGGAAACUACACUUGCCACUGUUGGACAGGUUUCACAGGGACACACUGUGAAAUUGAUAUCCAUGAAUGCUUCAGUAAUCCUUGCCUCCAUGGAGGGGAGUGUAUUGAGCUCUCCUGGAAGAAUAUGUAUGGAAUUGGAUCAGAAUUGCCUGCAGUUUUCAGCUAUGAGCACGCUGCUGGCUACAUCUGUAAAUGUCAGCAUGGAUUUACCGGUUCCCACUGUGAGAUGGAUGUUAACGAGUGUGACUCAAAUCCAUGUCAAAAUGGUGGAACAUGUCAGAAUACCAUGGAGAGUUACAUCUGUCAUUGCCCAGCAAGAAAUGAACAAGAAUUGUUUUAUGGAGGCAAGAACUGUACAGACAUUCUGACAGGCUGUGAAAACCAUGAAUGUCAGAACGGAGCGACAUGUAUCCCUUACCUAAAGGAUGCACAACAUAGGCACAACUGCCUUUGUGCUAAUGGUUACACUGGUUUGAACUGUCAAUUAUCAACGACCUUCUCUUUUGAAGUCAGUGGAUAUCUCAGUGUUAAAACAGCAAGUGCCAGCAAACAUGAAGAAUCAAUGGAUAAACCUCUCUACAGUGUGUUCCUGAGGUGUAGCACUGUGCUGUCUAGUUCAAUUAUAUUUCAUAGAGGGAACAAGGAUACAUUUAUGAAAUUGGAAAUACUCAAUGGACAUUUAUUUGCCUCUUUGAAAGUGAGAAACCAGCUGGUUGCAGACCUUGAGAUUCUUAAGAAUGUUAGUGAUGGUGACUGGCAUACUGCGAAAGUGACAUUAGGCAGUGACUUUUCUGUUAAGCUCUUGGACAAUCCAUGUUCUGAAGAGUGCAUGAUCAAAAGGUUUGUUGGACUGGAGACUGAGCAACUUGCUUCUGCAUUUGAAAACACCAUCUUUGGGGGCACAGAUAUUGAGCGUGGACAUUUUUCAGAAGUCACCAAUAUCAUCCAGCCUCAGCCUUAUUUUAUUGGUUGCCUCCAGGAUGUGGAGAUAGAUUCACAAAGAAUUAAUAUCACAAAUCUUUCCGUUCAGUCAACGCUGAAUGUCAAACUAGGGUGCAACAAGAAUGAUUGGUGUCAGAGGAAGCCAUGUCAGAGCAAAGGUCAAUGCAUUGAUUUGUGGCUAAGUUACAAAUGUGAAUGCUUCAGACCAUACAUUGGAUUUAACUGUUCAGAAGAAUUAAUAUCGGGCAGAUUUGGCCAUCAAGAUUCUAAAGGCUAUGCUAUGUUUACCAUUGAUGAUAAUCCAGGUGAAGAGGUGGAAAUAUCAAUGUUCAUUCGCACACAGAAACCAAAUGGUUUGUUGCUUGUCUUGAAACAUAACCAUACACCAUACCUCCAGAUAGGAUUGGACACUGGCAAAAUUGUUGUCCAAACUCACUUGUCCAAACCCCUCAUAGGCGGUCACUUCACUCCUGACAGCCCUUUUCAUUUAAUAACAGUGAAGAUAAAGCGUAACAGUUUGGAACUUGUUCAGGAUGGACAGGUGGUUGGUCACACUCAUAUUCUUCCGAUUCGAGUUCAAGCUGGAGAUGCACUGUUUGUUGGAGGCUUGCCAGAUCGGUUGGAAUCAGCUCAUGACAGAAGAAACUUUAAAGGAUGCAUCCAGGACUUAAAAAUGAACAACAAAAGACUGGAGUUUUAUCCCAUUGGUUUCUCUGAGGAUUCCUACAGUAACAGAACACUUGUAAACGUAACAGUUGGCUGCAAUGACGACAAUGCAUGUAAGUUAAACCCGUGUCUGAAUGGUGGAACCUGCUCCUCCAUCUGGGAUGAUUUUGUAUGCAAGUGUCCUCCAAAUACUUCAGGAAAAACUUGCACCUGGGUGAAGUGGUGCCAGCUUAAUCCAUGUCCUCUCUACACAGAAUGCCAAUUGCUCACUGAUGGAUUUGAUUGUCUUGUUAAUGCAACUUUUAAUGGACGGAAAAGUGAUCUGGUCUUCAGGGGAAAUGGCAAGAUCAAGCGUGAGCUCACCAAUAUUACAUUUAGUUUUCGAACAAGGGACUCGAAUGCUGUUAUACUCCACGCUGAAAAGGAGCAAGACUUUAUCACAAUUGCUAUCCAGCAGUGUCAUUUAAUAUUUACGAUGCAAAGUGGGAACAGCCUGGGAAACCUAAGUAUACUCAGCUCAAGAGCAAUAAGCGAUGGUUUCUGGCAUGAUGUUACACUUUACAUAAUAGAUCCCUUUCUUCAGUAUUCCAGGUGGCAGAUGGUAAUAGACAAGAAAGAAGAGAUGGUGACAAGUACAGUCAUCAGUGGGAACCUGAACUUUUUGUUAGAAGGAACAGACAUUUACCUUGGGAGCGGAGGUCCUAAAAAAGGAGGCAGCCUCGCAGGAUGCCUGAAUACGUUGAAACUUGGUGGUAUCUCCUUACCAUACUUUGCAAACGACAAUAUGCACAUUAUCCAGCCUCAACAAGAACAGUUUAUAAAAAUAUCCUCCAGUCCUAUAAUAAUGGGAUGCCCGACGAAGAAUAUCUGUGUGUCCAAUCCCUGUAAAAACAAUGGGAGCUGCGAGGACAUGGUCAGUUACUACCACUGUAAUUGUGCUGCAGGCUGGACAGGUCUGAACUGCGAUGUCAACAUCAAUGAGUGUGAGUCAGGUCCUUGCAUUCACGGCAACUGCACUGACAAAGUCUCAGCAUACAAAUGUACAUGUAAAUCUGGCUUCAAGGGCACUAAUUGUGAAAUAAACAUAGACAACUGUUGGAAGCACAAGUGUGCAAAUGGCGCUACAUGCAUUGAUGCCAUUAACAGUUACACAUGUAGUUGCCCUGAUAAUUUCACUGGAAGAUUUUGUGAAUAUCCUAGACUAUCUGCUACAUUCUGCACUGAGGAGAAGAAAAAUUGGACUUGCUAUAAUGGGGGAAAUUGCACUAAUGGGAAGACUACAAGGUGCAUCUGUCCCAUUGGAUUUACUGGAAACAAAUGUGAAGUCGACAUUGAUGAAUGUGAAUCGGACCCUUGUCUUAAUGGAGGCUUCUGCCAGAACUUACCCAAUAGGUUCCACUGCAUCUGCGACAUGAGCUUUGCGGGUGACCGCUGUGAGUUUGAUGAUGGGGAAGCCUGGAGCUCCGAGCUUGUGCUGUAUGCUGUGUUGGUUACGGUGGCGUUGUUGCUCAUUUUCUUCCUAAUCCUGACUGCUACUGUCGUGACCCUGAACAGAAGAGCGAGCCACGGCGCGUACAGCCCUAGUAGGCAGGAGAAGGAGGGAUCGCGUGUGGAGAUGUGGAAUAUGCUGCAGCCGUUGCAAGUGGAGAGGCUCAUCUGAAUUAAAGCUUGGUAAAUUGUAUUUUUGUCAUCGAAAUGCCUGGGGAAAAUGCCUCAUUUGGAAUUAAAAACCCUUACACAUUCACUCCAAACUACCAUUAAAAUUUUGUUCCAUUUUAAUUACUCUUGUCCACUAAACAAUAAAGACCCGUUUUACAGUGCAGGGAUGUAACUGACCUGGGGAAAUACAGAACACACACAAAUGCAGGAAGAAGAUUACUGUCUCCAGAUAUUAACAGUAAACACACGGUCUGGUUCAGAAAUGCCCUGUGGGUAACUGGUCUUCUUCAUUUAGGGAGGAUUUCUAUUUGUUUAAUACAUCUGGGAAUGGAGAUUCGAACUAUGUACCACAAAUGAUCCUUCUGUGAUAGCUUGCCUCGAGUUUCCGCUUGGAUGCGUUGUAUUUCCAAUUUGCUCGGAAGCGAACAAGAACUAUUGCACAGUCUCAAAUUCAAUUUGUGUCCCCAGUGACUGGAAUUUCUGCAAUAUUUGGGCUGCUUUCAAAUAACAUAAUGGCCCAAUGUUCGAUGAAAUGCCAAUUGCUGGGGCGGAAAUUUCAAAGCAGCCAAAUUUAAGAGAUGAUUAGCGCCCGAAAAGCCAAUUGCACCUUUAGAUCAAACUACCCCAGUCGGUUUAUUUCAGUACAAUUCUACCCAUCAGCAAAAGCAUUGCAUCUAAACCAACUACACACGGCGGUUUCUGUUCAUCCUCUCCACAAAGCCACAUGCCUUCACCAAAAAAAAAGUAACUCGACAAAAGUCUCAGUUCCUGAACUUCAUGUUUCCCAAUGAUCCAAAUUUGUCACAAAGUUUCUAACACAGGGCCAACAGCGGUGUCGUUCACCGCCAGAAUCUAGGUUUGCCCAGUUUACUCCUUAGUUGCUCACCAGAACAACAAUCAAACCUUCCUCACAAAAACAACGUUAGAUCCCAGGACUCAGUUUUAACUGGAGCCCACCAGGAGAUCACUCUGGAACGUAAAGUUGGAUAGGAUUUAAAAGCAGCCUCCGACUUGAACUUAGCCUUUUUGUCUGCAGACAUCCUCAAUUAAAAACAGGAGUCUAAUCGCCUCAGAGUUGAAAACUUCCCCAGCUUAAGUCUUUUUUUGAGAAAAAUAACGCAAAAUAUAACUGCAGCUGGAGAAGUUAUUUUUGGAUCAAAUGAAACGCAUUUACAGUUAUGCAGUUCUAAUAGACUGGUUUCAAAAUUAUUUUUCAAGAAAUUGAAAAAAAUUGUUAAUAUAAAUCAUUGAAGGACAGAUCCUUGUGUUGACCUGGUUUGUCAUUUUUCACUGGUUUCUUUACUUCUAACAUGCAGUUAUUUUUGUUAUUCUGUUAUUCAUUCAUUUUAACUCCAAAUUGUUAUUGACACCAGUUUCAAACUUAAUUGGGUAAUAUCUUUUUAAAAAAAAAUCAACUGAUUACUGGGCAAAAGGGACGUUGAUGUUUUGAGAAUGGAAUGGGGCAGUUUUACUAGAAUAUGUAUUUUUAAACAUGUACUUUCCACAAAUUUCACCUCUUUCUGUUCUGAAUGUAUAUUUCAAGCUAAACAUGUUCAUCAGAAAAAACAGGCAAAAUAAAUAAUUUUUCUACUUGUCAAAUGCAAAGCAUUAUAUAGAAGUAGAAAUAUUAACUUGAAAAAUAUUUUUAACUUAAAAAAAAUUAUUUUCUACUCUUGCGCCAAAUCCUCUUAUAGUUCUCCAAAUGAUGCAGGUCAACUGCCCACACAGUCUUUCAGCAGCUGCAGCUGGAGAUAGUGAAUGUAAAGAACAAGUAUAGCUGAAAAAUUAGAUCAAUUUGAAGUAAAUAUGUAAUUUUAUGUGUGGUUAGGAUGAAGGUGAAUGAGCAGAAGUAUCUCCUUUUUUUGCUGUGGCAUGGUCAAUGGUGAGUAAGUUGGGAAAAUAUGAAGACAAUGGAAAAAAAAUCAAAAUUUCAACAUCAAGAAAACAUUUCCUGAUCUUCCCCUCAAGCAUGAAAGGGCAACUUCAGAAUAUUGCUGUUGCACAGCAACUAUCUUAUUUCUAUGUAUUUGCAUCUCGUGAUUAGCCCAACUCAACUUAUUUCUACGUCACUUCUGAUUCUCUUCUUACCUAAGAAUCUAGACAGUGAAAAUUCCUGACUCAUAAAUUAGAGUGAGGAGCUGGAUAGCUGCAGCUCACUACUUGUAUGUCUGAGCCAUCAGUCAACUCUGUCUUCACCAUUAUGAUCCUGCAUGAUCCAUGGUCACCAUUGUCCUCCAUCCUUUAUCAACACAAGAUGGCAGCAGUCUCACUACACUACAUCAUCAGGCUGGCUUCCACACACAGCACUUCAGCCCUUCAACACUUUACUUUGGAACUCAGGGACAUUGAUGACUUGCAUGCUUCUUCCAGGUUGCUUUGUGUGCAGGAACACUCACACCUCAUGCACCUUUUGACAUCUUACAGCUGCUAGCUUGCUAUCUUAGCGCUUAAUCACUUUGCUGUUCCUUGGAGGCCCAUAGCCUUUGUAUUCUUCACAUGGCUUUCUUAGUGCUGAGGGAGAGGCAGACAGCUUGGGACAGUGGGGAGAUCCAAAGUCAAGCAGAUGGCCAUAUUAUUUUACAGACAGUGGAUUAAUGUUAACACCAUACCCGAAGCAUGUAUAAGCAGCUGAUACAGCGAAUGCAGUUUGUGUGCUUCAAGCAAGUGGGUUAUAGUUGAAGGCCAGAGGGGAACAGCUUUUGUGGGUGUUUAGGGGGACAAUAGCAGGUCUGAGGACACUGCCACAGUUAGUCAAGUGGCUCAUCCAAUUCUAAAUCAGAGGAUUGUCCGCAGUCAGUCAGGUACAUGGUUCUGCCAGAGUCCAGAUCAUGAUCAGUCCUGCAGAUCAAAAGAAAGAGGAUUUCAGUCUGUUGGAAUACUGUGGAGGGUGAGGGAGAAAAGGGGCAAUUUUUCCUGCAAGCAUACAAAGAAGGGAUUGAAUGUGAUGGAAGAGGAGUUAGAGUAGGAGGUAGUGAGGUGUGCCAACUGGGAGAAUAAAAAUCACAAAAUGCAGAAAGGGUUUAGUAGUUUGGGAGGAUGAGGUGGUGAGAGCCAUGGACAACGGAUGUGCUGCAUGCAAGACAGACAGUUGUUGUCCAUGAGUCAUGGUGAGAGGUGUAUGCAAUGGUAGAGUUAGAGUAGUGGCCCUGUGAACAUAAGGUGAUGCCACCAUUGGGGAUUGCUGAAGAUCAUUAAUCUUCUUCCUGCAUUGCUGGGUUCUCCUUUUAACCAAGGACUCAAUGUAGGUCCAGGAUAGUGGUGGUGGCUGCUGGUAGUCAGAAUGAUAGAGUUUGCUUUAAAGGUCCUUUUCUCCACCACUCCAUUCACCAACAUCUCCAUGCCCCUGCAGUGAAGCUGGAAGUGAAUGUUCCUUUCUGGGUCAUGUCCUUAGUGAUAAAGACUAAACAUCAUAACAUGUGGAGUAGUUCCUGGCUUGCCUCAUUUGAAAUGGUGUGCAAAUGGGCUUUAAACAUGACAUCAGUAUUGUGAAUGCUCAAGGUUCCAGUAAUGGUGAGCACUUCACUACCUCAGGCUGCAAGAUUCCACAAGAGGCCAUCCAAGAGUUUGUUGUGUCAUUAAUGAUGUGUAGAGUGGAAGGUUGCAUGAGAAGCAUCAGUGCGAGCCGUACUGUACUUGGCAACCUGAGUCUUAUUCCACAAGACAUUUUAACUGAAAAUGGGAGCUUGCUGCCAAAUGUAUUUUAAUGUACUGUAUUUGCUUCAAUGAAAACUCCACAAAGUGGAUGUUAGAACAAGGCUAUUAAAACAAGUAGCAGGGCAAAAUAAUAAAUGAUGCACGGGAAUCACACAUCAGAUUUCUUAUUUGUGUAAAUUACAGAGAAAUUUACAGAUCAUUCAGUCCCAACAGGUCAGUGACAAGAUUUCUUCAUUGCCAUGAACUCCUCUGAUCCUCCUUAAACUCACACUUUCAACGUAUUUUAUUCUUGUUUCUUAUUCACUCAUUUAUAUAAAUUUGGACCCUCCCCAACAAAGAGAGCCUAUCUUUGUCAAUGCUCUCAACCCAUUCCUCAUUUCAAAGAUCUUUAUCAGGCCACCUCUCAGUCCUUUAUUGCCAGAAUAGAGAGCCCUUGCCCAUUUGGUCUUUCUUGAAACAGCAGUAAUACCCUCUUAGUUCUUUUGACUAAAUUUGACAACGCAACUCAGACGAAAACAUGGAGAAAGUGAGGACUGCAGAUGCUGGAGAUUAGCGUUGGGAGUGUGGUGGUGGAAAA